AUGAGUAAGAAUGGUUUUCUUUGGAUUUGUCAUUUCUUCAUCGGUUAUUGUAACCCCGGAUCAGAUUUUAAGAAGUGGUUUGGGAAAACCCAGAUCAAAGAAGUGGUUUUUUAUCUUUCUGGUGAUUUAAAUGAAGGGAUCAAGAGGAUCAGUGAGGCAAUUGAUGGGUUAGAUGUUGGGAUUUUGAUAAAUAAUGCAGGGGUUUCGUAUCCUUAUGCUAGGUUUUUUCAUGAAGUGGAUGAUGAGUUGUUGACUAAUUUGAUUAAAGUCAACGUUCAGGGGACUACUAGAGUGACACAUGCUGUGUUGCCUGCUAUGGUGAAGAGGAAGAAAGGUGCUAUUGUGAAUAUUGGAUCUGGUGCUGCUAUUAAUAUUCCUUCUGAUCCUCUUUAUGCUGUUUAUGCUGCUACUAAAGCGUAAGUUUUUUUUUUUAUUAUUAGUAUAAAGUUUUGAUUUUAAAAUUUGGGUACAAGAAUAGUGGCAUUGAUGUGCAGUGUCAGGUACAUUGUUGAAUGUUUUACUUCAUAGAAAUUUUAUUAAUUAGCAGUAUACUAAGUCGGAUAUCCGUCGUUAUCGUUUUAUUUUUCUCAUAAAAAUGUUGAUCGGUUAUUGUAACCCCGGAUUAGAUUUCAAGAUUGUUUUGUCUGUCA